AUGUCCACGCAGCCUCUGCUGCAGCGCACAGCGGCGAAGCGCAUCGCUCUGCCCGUCCGGGUCGAGCCCAAAGUCUCCUUCGCCAAUGAGCGGACGUUUCUUUCGUGGCUGCACUUUACCGUAGUCCUCGGCGGGCUUGCCGUCGGGUUGCUCAACUUCGGUGAUAAGGUUGGGAAAAUCAGCGCGGCGAUGUUUUCGGUGGUUGCUAUGGCCGUGAUGGUGUACGCUCUCUACACGUACCACUGGAGGGCGGCGUCCAUUCGCAAAGGUGGACGUGGGCCGUACGACGACAGGUUUGGGCCUACAAUAUUGUGUAUCGCCCUACUGGUCGCUAUUGUCGUCAACUUCAUCCUGCGCUUCACACAGGAAGACUCGGAACCUUGA